GCCUGACCAAUGACUCUCCAAUCAAAUAACUGAUAGAGAAUACAGUAACCAAUAGACGGAGAGGGAAUUUGUGGGCAGAGACUGGAAGGGAUGAGAGUCCAAAGUCUCCCGGAAGAAGCAAAGAGCAUCAGCCAGUGUGCAGACCUGACAGGUGAGUACAGGCACUCUCACUCACUGCUGAGUACAGGCACUCUCACUCACUCACUGCUGAGUACAGGCACUCUCACUCACUGCUGAGUACAGGCACUCUCACUCACUGCCGAGUACAGACACUCUCACUCACUGCUGAGUACAGACACUCACUCACUGUUGAGUACAGGCACCCUCACUCACUGCUGAGUACAGGCACUCUCACUCACUGCUGAGUACAGGCACUCUCACUCACUGCUGAGUACAGACACACUCACUCACUGCUGAGUUCAGACACUCACUCACUGACAGGUGAGUACAGACACACUCACUUACUGACAGGUGAGUACAGACACUCUCACUCACUGCUGAGUACUGACACACUCACUGACAGGUGAGUACAGACACUCACUGACUGACUGAUGUGUAGUUUUCUCUCUCUAUAGCUAUAUAUAUAUAUAUAUAUAUUUAUUACAGAGUAUAUAUAUAUAUAUAUAUAUAUAUAUAUAUAUAUACUCUGUAAUAAAUAGUGACUAUGAUCUGAGAGGUGAGUACACACACCCUCAUUCAUGCUAAUUACACAUUUACAGACUGCAUGAUCACUCAUGCACUGUUACUCCUUAUGUAUAAAGACAUAGGUGUAUAUACACUCAACAAUAAAUACUGUAUAAUUAGAAAGGGAAGCUGUGCACACUUAUCUGUGUGUGUGUGUGUGUGUAUAUAUCUCUCAUACACUUGACAUUAUCAUCUUAUAGAAUUGUGACACAAACACAGAAAAUGGGUAAGUGGUGCUAAACGAUAUACAAUUAAAAGAUAGAUCAAUCAAUCCCAGUGCGUCUAAAAACCAAACCAGUGUUUUAGUCACCCUUAAAACACUUACAUGAUUAUAGAAUUGUAAGUUCAGAGGGAGGACAUUCACACUUUGCCCUGUAGGAUGUAAUUGUUAGGAAUUUAAAGUAAAUUUCAAAUUUAAGGCAGAUCAGUCACAUAACCUGUUUAGUGACUUUAACUGCUGGGUGUCCAGUUGCCUUGGGGUGCAGGGAAAGGUGCGUUAUAGUUACCUGAACCGCUGCCAUGCUCUUCCUGACGGUCCUCUUCAUCUCCCGGAGCUUCAACUGCCAGGUGCCCACAUCUGCAUGCGCAAGAGUACAACACUGAGGUUUAUGGAGCAUCCCGCAAGACCUCCUAUGUUUGACAAGCUUGCCAAAAAUGCAGAGCUAGCUACCUUUUUGUCAAGCACCUAACCAUGACGACUGAGGGGAAAAACAGUCUGCCUAUGGACAGACUGUAGCUCCACCUUUUUGUCAAGCGUAGGAAAACUACUAAGACCAAUUAGUCUCUACUUUGUCUCAGUAUUUAUUUUGACUGUUUUGGAAUAGCAGUGAAAUUCCAGCACUGUCACUGUGAGUAUUUCAUAAAUAUUUUCUCCUUAUGAAAUAAUUAUUUUGGAGAUGGGUGGAUUAACAGUAUUGCUUUAAGGUCAAAUUAGCCAAAACUAAAAAGCAUAGUGGACUUGGAUAAUUUUACUUAGUUUGGCUGCAUUGGAUUUCAAUUUGAAAUUUACUUUGAAUUCCCCACAAUUCUCACACUUUAGUGAAUAAUCCUGAUAGUGAUUAUCUGUUAUAAAUACCCACAAAAAAAGGGUCUUAUAGCCCACUAAACAGUUGUUGUUGUUGUUCAGACCGAUGAGGACACUCUUGGGGAGUGUGUAAAUAAGCUUGACACUCCACAGACAGUUAUACAAAAAUAAUAACCUUGCCUGGGUGCACACCCACGUUGAGUAUAUAAUGAACCAAAUAAAGGGUGCACUCCAAGGUCUUCCAAUAAAACAAUAAUGUGUUUUAAUAAAGUUUUAAAUCAAAACAUUGUCAUCUCUAAAAAUAAAAAAUCAGCCUUUCAAACCGUUCGGGUCUUUAGCAAGAUAUAUAUAAUAUAUCUAUCCAGUCAUGCUAGAACAGGAAAAAAAUUUUUUUUCUUCUGAAGCAUAUGAGAAAAAUGCAUUCCUACCUUUUAAUAUAUGACAGGGUCCUUCAGCCAUAUACAUUCACCUUAGGUCAGACAGUGUUUUGAAAACUAACAGUCUCUAUUCACUGAUUCUGUGCAGGGAGUGAAGCAGGGAAGACCAUAGAGCAGGGGCAGCUAACCAUUUGCAAUUCAGAUUUUGUGGAUUAAAUCUACCAUAAUGCCAGUACAGCCAUAAUGCUGGCAAAACAUCAGGGGAUAUGUAGUCAACAACAUUUGGAGUGCUAAAGAUUGAAUGCUAUAGAGAUAGUCAAUUUUCAGAUACUGUGUGACCCAAGUUGUAUAUGACUGAAUGAUCCCUUCAUAUACUAAAGAUAGGGAUGAGUUUUUUUGUUUUUUUUACAUAAACUUCAUUUAAAAAAAAUCUAUUUAUUUUCAAUACUCCAUGAAAGGAUUAUAAUGUUAAAAAAUAGUUUGGAUGUGAUCUGUCCUUUUGAGUAGCAUUUAAAAAAAAAAAAAAAAAAAAUGUAUUUUACAAAGUUUGUUAGUUUUGCAUAUGCAUAGUUUCCAAAAUGAACACGUAUUGCUCAAUACAAAAUAAUCCAUGUAUGAAGAACCCAUGGUAUAUUACACAGUUACAGGCCCUGCAUAUCAGCCUUAAAGGACCACUAUAGGCACCCAGACCACUUCAGCUUAAUGAAGUGGUCUGGGUGCCAGGUCCAUCUAGAAUUAACCCUUUCUGCUGUAAAGCUAUGUUUACAAAUGGGUUAAUCCAGACUUUAGUGGCUUUCUCAUUGACAGCCGCUCGAGGUGCUUCCGCCCUUCUCACUGUGAUUUUGCCAGUGAGAAGACGCCAUUGAGAAUGCUUUCCUAUGAGACUGGCUGAAUGCGCGCGCGGCUCAUGCCGCACAUGCGCAUUCAGCCGAUGAUGGGGAAAGGAGGAGGAGAGUCCCCAGCACCGAGGGAGCCUGGCACUGGAAAAAAGGUAAGGGAUUAACCCCUUCCUCACCCUAGAGCCCAGCGGGAGGGGGGCCCCGAGGGUGAGGGGGACCCAAGGACCCUAUAGAGCUAGGAAAACAAGUAUGUUUUCCUGGCACUAUAGUGGUCCUUUAAUGAAUAUAUACAGUGUUCUAAUGGUAAUUUUGAAAUGGACAUUGACUGUUCAGCAGUAACUGUUUGUAAUAAUAUUUUAAUUUAUAUAAACAUUCAGUAUAUCUUACAGACUAAAGGUGUGUGUGUGUGUGUGUGUGUGUAUAUACAUGCACACAAAUCUACAAAUUUGUAACAAAAAUAGGAAUAUUUUAUUAAUUUCAUUGAUCACAGUAUUUAUGUUUACUUUACCCACUUGUUUGCCUCUGUGUGUUUGCGUGAUCAUUUGCUUACCCUGUGAUGCAAGAUCAUGCCUCUUCACAGAUUCUCCACCUCCUGUUAUCAGUGAGCUACAGAUAUAAAGCUUCUGUUUUUAUGUAGAGCACUUAGGCAGGAAAACAGAAGGGAUGUGUUGGAUCAUUGGUUCUUACACAACCCCCACCCCCUCUUUGCUUUUUAAUUGUAUAAUACUGAAUGGAGACCCCGUGUGGGGGUCUGUGCAUAAAAGCUGUGUGUUCCAAAUAAAGAUUGUCAGUGUUUUAACCUCCAGAACGGUGUGUCCUCUGGUUACUGGAGGAAAAGAAGAUUUAACCCCUGUGUCUGCUGUUCCAGAUUGCAGGGGAUGCAGCUGGGAAAGUCCUUGUAAGGACUAAGAGCUUCCAGGACUGAGUGCCGUCUCUUCCUGGGAGCGCAUAGAGCUAGUUCCCCUACCCGUUUCGCCUGGUUCCAGCUAGGAAGCAACCACUCUGGCAGAGGUACCCAGUCGGGGUACAGGGAGCUCCACUACAACUGAGUACCAAUAAAUUGGGUAAUAGUAACAACCCCUUGAUAUUGGGCUAAGGUAACAUCCGCAGGACAUACUUGAAAACCAGAGUAAUCUGAAUGUACCUUUCCUGUAGAAACUGCAUGUUUACAUUGCAGGGCCAAAAAGCCUCUAGUGGCUGUCUCCCUUCUCCAGAACAGAGUGAACCUUGAUCCAGCAAUGAUAUGCUGCUCAUAGAAGCAUUUGAUGGGAGGAGCACACAGAACAUUAGGAUGUCCCAUACCAUUCUGAUGUUGUUAAAGGACCACUCUAGGCACCCAGACCACUUCAGCUUAAUGAAGUGGUCUGGGUGCCUGGUCCAGCUAGGGUUAACCCAAUUUUUCAUAAACGAAUGGGUUAAGCCUUCCCCUAUUUCCUCUAGUGGCUGUCUCAUUGACAGCCACUAGAGGCGCUUGCGUGAUUCUCACUGUGAUUUUCACAGUGAGAGCACGCCAGCGUCCAUAGGAAAGCAUUAUGAAUGCUUUCCUAUGCGACUGGCUGAAUGCACGCGCAGCUCUUGCCGCGCGUGCGCAUUCAGCCGACGGGGAGGAGAAGAGGAAGAUCGGAGGAGGAGAGCUCUCCGCCCAGCGCUGGAAAAAGGUAAGUUUUAACCCCUUUCCCCCUUCCAGAGCCGGGCGGGAGGGGGACCCUGAGGGUGGGGGCACCCUCAGGGCACUAUAGUGCCAGGAAAACGAGUGUUUUCCUGGCACUUUAGUGGUCCUUUAAAGCUCACUUAGUGGAGGACGGUCCUAAUGUCCCUAAGGGUUUUAAGCUCUACCCAUUACCAACAACUGCCAAAGAUCACAUUCCCCGUAAGAAAAUAGUCCCUACAUCUACUUACAUACCAACUAAAACUGCAAAGUGACAGAUCUACAUUAACUGCUUUGAGGAAAGCAAUUCCACUUCAUAAACCGUUAUGGUCCAUUGCCUAUUGCCCCUAACAUACUCUGUAUGGUAUGUGGCCAAAUUUAUAUUACUCCCAUUUAUUGUAUUUAUGCAUAUUAAGAUAAAAGAGCAUUUGUAAGGCCAGGCACUGAUGUUGGAUGAGCAGGUCUGGCUCACAAUCAGUGAUAAAAUUAAUCUCAAAGUGGUUAAGGUCUGGGCUCUGUGCAGGCCAUUUGAGCUCCUCCAUACCAAGUUUGUCAAACCAUGUCUUCAUGGACCUUGCUGUGUGCACAGAGGCACAGUCAUGAUAGAACAGGAAUAGGCCACCCCAAACUGUUACCACAAAGGUCAACACACCCAGUUGUCUAAAUAGAUUUGUGUCUUGUAGCAUUAAAGGACACUAUAGAGUCACAAACAUGUAUUCCUGACCCAGUCGUGUUAAAAAUACUAUCUGCACUCAGCCCACCCUUGCCACCCUAAAUGUAGUAAAAUCUUACUUUUAUUCCAGUCUGCUGCUGGCUCUGCCCCGAUCAUCAGAAUUGGUGUUUUGAGCCAAUCACAAUGCUUUCCCAUAGGAAAGCAUUGGAUUGACUGAGACUGUCAAGGAGGCAGAUCAGGAGCAGAGUCAGCACAAGCUAAACACAACACUGGCCAAUCAGAAUCUCCUCCUAGAGAUGCUUUGAAUCAGUUCAUCUCUAUGAGGAAAGUUCAGUAUCUCCAUGCAAAGGGAGGAGACACUGAAUGUCAAUGCUGCACACUGUACCAGGAAGCACCUCUAGUAGCUAUGUAAGGAGUGGCCAAUGGAGGUAUCCCUAGCCUGUAAUGUAAACACUGCGUUUUCUCAGAAAAUACAUUGUUUACUGCAAAAAGCCUGAAGGGAAUGCUUAUACUCACCAGGACAAAGAACCAUAUCCACUACAGUGGGCUGUAAUGGUUAUGAUGCCCUGCCACCCCUCCAUUGUAAGUAGUCAAACCAUUUGCUUAGUACGGCUGCCCAACAGGUAGAUCCCCAGAUGUUGUGGAACUACAAUUCCCAUGAUGCUUUGCAUGCCUUUAGAAUGACAAAGCAUCAUGGGAGUUGUAGUUCCACAACAUCUGGGGAUCUACCUGUUGGGCAACCCUGGCUGAAAGGAACACUGUAGUGUUAGGAAUGCAAAACUGUCCCUCUGCUCCAUCGCGUCCCUCCCCCCUCUGCCCCCCCAGUGGCGAAUAAAGGGUUAAAAAAAGCACAUUUAUGCACCGACCUGAUUCUAGUGCCUCCUCAGAUGUUAGUCGAUGGGGUGGGGGGAUCUAAUGCGCAUGAAAGGGGAGUAACGCAUGCACCUUAGGUCUUCUUUAUAAGAAAGCAUUGAAUCAGUGUUUUUCCUCUGGGGGAUUUAAAAACGCUGAUUGAAGUAGUGUGGGUGCCUAUCGUGUCCCCUUAAGAUAGCCCUACACUCAGUAGACCCCAAGUAAGAAGUUAAACUGUUUGACUACUUAAGGUAGAGGCGUUAUGGUUCUUGAAGUCUUAUGGUUCUUGAAGUCUUCCUUUGAAGUCACUAAGCUCUUCAGUAUGACCCACUGUUUGUCUAUAGAGAUUUGUUUUUAGCUAUGCACUGGAUGUUAUGAGCUUGCUAGCAAUGGGUGAAAUUAAAACCAUCCAAAAGGAAUUAGUAGAGGUGUUCAUAUACCUUUUAGUGUAUGCAAUUUGCCUUUUCCAACUAUUUUACAUGCAUUCAUUUUAUUCUGAAUGAAAUGACACACAACUAAUAAACAUACUAAAAAGAAGCACCUGCUUAGCCAAUGCAACUAAUAAAUAAUAAAUUCUCUGAACUGUCAUGUGUGUACCUUGUAGCCAUCCUGCUGUUACAUUGUUCUUCAGUGCCUUAAGGGGGGUGGAUUUUUAUAAAAAUGUUCUCAUAUUUCAGUUUUAUAAUGUGCAUUUUGAUUCUUUUGUAGAAAUUAUUUUGAUUCUUGGGGCAGGGAAAGAAAUUGAGAAGAAUGUACAAUCCAAAUAUUCCAGGUAGGUGACCAAUAUUUGCACUAAACCUUAUUAGCUAUCUCAAAGUGUCUUAGUCCUGCAUUUUGAUUUACAAUUUCUGUUUCAAGCAAAUAUGCUGCCCCCAUUUUUGGUUUUGAGGCCCUCUGGGCCUGAAAAUAUCCUUGAAGUGACCAUGUUAAUCCGGGCUGCCUUGUUUGCCAGGGUGAAGUCAGCAUCUGCACUGUUGAAUUCUGGCAGAGAUCAGCUCUGUGUGUAAGAUCCUGUUGGAUAGCUGACGUUGGUUACAUGCAUGUAGAGGAGAUUACAGGUUAUCUCAAACAUGUAGAUAGAGUUACCAUUGGCAUCCAGUUUCCUCCUCACCAGAGUAAGCCUAUGUGAUGUCAGUGGUGGAUUAAUGACAUAAAUGAAAGACUUGGCAAGUGAUAUGAGAUUCAAAACUUUCAAAAAGAGACCAGUAAGUCAAUAGUACAGGGUAGGCAAACUUUUAUCUGGACUGUGCCAAAAUGUAACUUUGCAGUACCUUCAUGUUUCAGUACUAUUAUUACUAUUUCAUUUUUUUUAAUUAGUGUACGUUGCCGUAGCUUUGUAGAGUUUUAUUUGGGCAUCUGUGAGCAGUUAUAUUUUGUUUGUACAUGAGCAGUUUGUGGUAUUGUGUGGCACAUAUGUAUGCGGGCUGUCUAUAAUGUUGUGUAUGAGGGGCUGAUUUUGUGUGUGUGUGUGUGUGUGUGGAAUGCUGAUAUUGUGUAAGUAGUGUUACGUGUUUUUGUAUGUGCUACAAAAGAGUAUUGCACAUGGGAGGCUGUUUGUGGGGGUGUGUAUACAUGUGGGCUGUUUGAUCUGUGAUCACUUCCUGCAAGCUCUGGGAUGACUAAACUGAGGAAUGCCCCUCACCACCUGCUGCAAACAUGCUGGGACCCCUGAAAGACGAGCUCCAUGGGAGAUCCUAAGAUAUCCUCAGUCUGAUUGGGUCUAGCAGCCUUGCGUGCCGCGCAAAGGCACCUUGUGUGCUAUAUGUUGCUGUCCCCUGCCCUAGUAUAAAUCUAAAGAUAACCGAUAUAGAACGCUUUUCUAUACAGUUAAAGGGACAUGAUAGGCACACAGACCUCUUCAUUUCAUUGAAGUGGUCUGUGUGCAGUGCCCCUGUCCCUCUUAGCCCUGCAAUGUAGUACAUUGCCGUUUUAGAGAAACUACAAUGUUUACAUUUCAGUGCUAAGACUGCCUCUAGUCACUGUCUACCACACAGCCACUGGAGGUGCUUUCUGCAGUUUCACGGAGUUUGACUCUGUGAAACAAUGCUGGAUGUUCUCACACUUUGCAUUAUGUCAAUGCUCUCCUAUGGGGAAGGCCUAAUGCACGCGGCUCUUGCUGCACAUACUCAUUAGGUCCUCCUGAUCGGCUGAAGUCGGUGGAGGAGGAGUGUGACCUGCUGGAAUUAGGUAAGUGAUGUAAAGGAUUUUCUUAACCCAUUUAUGGACAGAGGGCAGAGACCGCAGGGGCAGAGGGAUACUUUAGUGUUUGGACUACAUCUUUGUAUACCUAACACUAAAGUGUUCCUUUCAAUAGGCAGAAUGUAUCUCUCUGAAAAACAUUCAUGUUACAGGUUUGCCAAGAGGUUUUUGGUUUUUGUACCAGGAUACAAUCCUAAAAUCAGAGCUCCAAAUUUACACUACCUAUUGUUGAGUGAAAAUGUAGCCCUAUCAAGUUUAGCCGUUAUAAGUAUGCAAUGGCAAACAACUGUGUUCAGACCUGGCUCAUAUUAAUGUCAGAUAAAAGUGAAAUGUCAGCUCUGCUUGUAACAAUGGAUGUGCACCCCCAUUAUUGCAACAUAUAGUGUUUCUAUUUAUAAUAGUCCUUAAUAUCUAUUAAAUAUUGCCCGGUACACUGAGUCUGUUUAUGUUUGUAUUAUUUGGCAUGAAUUCUUCAUAUUUUUAAAUGUUUUGGCUUGUCAGGAACCGGCCGCUCAUUCAGUCAUUUUUGUAUUCUUGAUUAUUGUACUAACUGUCAAGUGUUCUAAGAACCAGAGACUUUAGUUACUGAUGAUCAUAGCAGAAUGAGCCUCACUGAAUUCAGAAUGUCUGAUGUAUUGAACAAUUAUAUUAACCAUUAUAUAUUGACUGGAGGGAUGAGAAGCACUCCUUCCCUCUUCAGGAAUGGGUACACAAAUCAGAUUAUAUGUAAAGAACAAUGGCAGGGAAAAGUUCUAACAGCUUAUCAGUUGCCAUAGAAACCAGUGUAAUACCUCUGCCGAUUUCUCCUCUGUUAAAAUAUUGCCUGAGAAUUUCUUUAUAAAUAAACCCAAAAAGUUGAGGAAAUGAAGUGUACAGGGAUAACUAAUCCUGAGCUGUAACAGGUGUUUAAGUAACUGAGCUAUAGAGAUGUGAUCUAUUUUAGUCUGAUUUCCUCUUCCCUGGUGGUAGUAUAAAGAUACUUAAACAGGUUUUAUACGUGAGAACACAAGGGGGCGUAUCAGUGCCUUUUUUCUUUCUUCAUUAAUGUAACAUUUUAGUCUCUUUGCAAUGUCUUGUUUACUACAGAUAAUGAGAAGCAUGAUGGUGAGGAAUUUUUAUGCUUUGCAACAACAUUGUAAUAUUUUGAUGAGUUUUAUGUUCUAGUGCAGUGGUGUUCAAACGAUGAGUGAAGUUGGCACCCCAUGUUUUUUAAAAUGUGAAUAAAAAUAUACAACUUGUUUCUGCUGCGGUGUGUGUGUGUGUGUGUGUAUAUGUAUGUGUGUAUAUAUAUAUAUAUAUAUAUAUAUAUAUAUAUAUAUAUAAUGCGUAAUAUAUCCAAAAUCAAAAUAGGUGGAGCAUCAGGUAGCCUAAUCUAAAAUAUAACAUGCAAUCAAAAUCAAACCUACUCAAAUGUUAAUUUUUGCAGUACAAACAUGAAACAUUAUUGAUUUUUUUUAAGUAGACCUUGGUGCACAGUCAAAACCAUGUAAGAUGACUAAAACUGCUCAGUAAACUGAUGGAUGCUAUGUCUCAGUUGCUAUCAUUUUGUACACAUCCCCAUUUAUUGUUAAAGGACCACUAUAGUGCCAGGAAAACAUACUCGUUUUCCUGGCACUAUAGUGCCCUGAGGGUGCCCCCACCCUCAGGGUCCCACUCCUGCUCGGCUCUGGAGAGAGGAAGGGGUUAAAACUUACCUUUUUUCCAGCGCCUGGCGGGGAGCUCUCCUCCUCCUCUCCGCCUCUUCUCCUCCCCUUCUGCUGAAUGCACACGCGCGCGCAUUCAGCCGGUCUCAUAGGAAAGCAUUUACAAUGCUUUCCUAUGGACACUUGCAUGUUCUCACUGUGAUUUUCACAGUGAGAAGCACGUAAACGCCUCUAGCGGCUGUCAAUGAGACAGCCACUAGAGGAUUUGGAGGCUGGAUUAACCCUAUUAUAAACAUAGCAGUUUCUCUGAAGCUGCUAUGUUUAUUAAAAAAAGGGUUAAUCCUAGAGGGACCUGGCACCCAGACCACUUCAUUAAGCUGAAGUGGUCUGGGUGCCUAGAGUGGUCCUUUAAGUAAACUGGCCUGGUUUGAGUCUGAGUGUGAGCCUAGAUCUGAAUGUUGGUGUGAUAGUGUAAGUGGUAGUGUAUGUGUGUUGGCAUGAGUCUGUUUAUGAUUGUUGGUGUGAGUAUUUAUGAAUAUACUUUUUGAGUCUGAGUCUCGAUGAAUGAGUGUCUGUGUGAAUAUUUUGCUAAUUGGGUAUGUGUAUAUGUGUUGUUAAUUACAUUUAUAUGUUUGUGUGGUUGCAGGCCCCACAAAUGUAUUUAUUUUUUCUUCCUGUGGGCCAUGGUAAAAAGUGGGUGGGAGGAAUAAAUCUCCCAAAUCACAAUUUACCUUACCCUACUGUCACUGCCUUGGAAGUAAGCAAUUUGUACUUAAAAAAAAUAAAAAAAAAAAUUCUUUUUUUAAUUAUUUUUCUUUUCUUGUAUUGCUAAAUGGACACCCAAAGUUUUUGUGUGUACUAUAUGUAACCUUAUUCUCCAUCCCAUGCCCAGUCUAUAAAGCAAUGGGUACACUUUUCUUUUUUUCUUUUUUUUAUAUAUAUUAAUUUAUUUCCCUUGGGUGGGAAGCACGUGUUAAUUGGGAUCUAUUGUACUAGAUGAGACAGUGCCACUACACAAAGAUAUUGUGGGCAGUUGCCUAAGGUUGACAAAUAUGAUUUGCGGCGUAUUCUUCCCAGUGGAUAAACCCUUUCUCUCCUGACCCUGGGAUUAAGAAUCACUGAUUUAAUGUGUAAUCCCUCCAUUAUCAGAAUUUGGCAAAGUAUUGCACUGUAUAGGGACAAUGAGCUGUUGGUGAUGGAUAAUGUUUUAAAUGAUCUAUACCAUCUUUUCACUAAUGCUAAUUAAUUUACAAAUUUUGUAUUUUUAAAAAAUCUUUUUAUUUUGUCUUCUAGGUCAGCCUGGUUACCCUUCAAAUCCUGCAUACCCACCGACCGGUAAUCCAGGUUACCCAGCAGGCCAAUACCCUGUUCCUGGACAACCUGUAUAUCCACCAGGACAAGCAGUCUACCCACCUGGGCAGUCUGUCUAUCCCCCAGGUCAACCUGGAUACCCUGGACCUAAUCCAGCAUAUCCAGGAUGCCCACCACCCUCUGGUGUCUACCCACCUGGAAUGAAUCCCAUGAUGCCUGGAAUGCCAUACCCGCCUGGGCAUGUCAUGGAUAAAAAGAUGAGAAAAAAGAUGAAGAAGGCACACAAGAAAGCCCAUAAGCAGCAUGGUUAUGGAAGGGUGAGAAACACAUAUUAAAUAUUAUAUGGCCUAAGAACUUUUGAUUUUAGGGUAGAUGUGCACAGCGAGAUUUGACAAACUCGUGGCACCCAGUUUUAACCCACCACACAUGCUGUUGAUUACUAUCAACGUUUUUGAUGAUGGAAUGGAAGGGUAUUGAUAAAUAAUAUUUUAAGCAUUGUUUCUGCUUCAAUAACCCACCAUGUGAUUUUAAAAAAAAUCUAAUUUACAUCGCUCUCUUUCAAUAUUAUAAUGUAAGGCUAUAUUAAAUGUUUAAUUUAGUAAUGUCUUUUGCAGAAAUUGGUUAUUUUAUAGUGAUAUGGUGUUAUUAUACAUUAUAUUUUUCUUUCAUUGCUGGUCUGAAUUAAGUAGAAGCAUUUUCCGACACCGAGGAAAUAGAUCAAUGUCUAAGACACAUCACUGUUCAAGAGCAGCUUGUGUCAUAAUCCAUGUUCAGAGAAAUAUUAAACUAAAUGUGAGCUGUUAAAUUAUUCUUCUGGGCGACGGUGUGUGUAGCAAAGCUAUGCAGAACUCCAAACCUUUCAAUGCAGAGAAUCAAAACUAACCUAUAUGUCUACAAAAGAUGGCUUUUAUCAUUUGUCAGAAAGAAACUCCUGCAUGCACAUGUCCAUAAUUAAGUAAAUAAAAAUGUAUUAUCUCCUUUGUAAACACUGCCACUAAACUUUUUAAUUUAGUAAAUACAACAAGGGCUUGUACCAAUUUACAAAGCAAGUAUGUAAUAUAUCUGUUUAUUUUAGCCAGUAGAAGAAACUGGGAGUGAAUCUACAACUUUCAGUCUUGACACUCAAAGCUGUGGGUUCCAUCCGUAGUUAGAAAGGGAGUUUUAAGCUGCCUUGGCCCCCCCAACUCCCGUAGUCAAAAGGGGAUGAAAAACCAAACCUUUUUAUUCACUCACCUCUGCCCUAGUUUGGGUACAUCCUCCCGCAAAGUCAUGGCGAUCUGGGAACCUAAUGCUAAUGCCCGGUGGGCACAGCGCACAAAUUAGGCCUUCCCCAUAAGAAAGCAUUGGAUCUGGUAGACAGCCAUUAGAGGCAGACUUAAACCUGUAAUGUAGACAAUGUCUAUGUUUCUGUUUUGCAUUCAAUGAAAUGAAGUGGUCUGGGUGCUUAUAUUGGCCCUGAUAAAGGACCACGCCACACCAAUAAAGCACUUCAGUUUGCUGAAGUGCUUUAUAGGUGAGGAGUAUCCCAUUAAAAAGGCACUUUAUAAAACUGCUGAUUUCUAUGAGAAAUCAGCACUUUUAUCAUUAAAUAAUUAUAGUCAACCAAACAGCCAGGGAGGUUUUACUUUUGGUUUCUGUUGGCUCCCCUGAGCUGAUCUUGGUUGCGCCUGCCUUCCUCCACAUACCUCCUUCUUAGACCUCAGAUCAGACCAGCGUUGUGUAAUGUGUACAAAAGGGCAGGGAUAGCUUCAUGUUAUUUCCCCACAAAGAUACUAAAAGUCUCUUCCAGGAAAAAAGGAGAGGUCUUCAUAAGAACUGCAGCUCUUGCAAGCUCCUUUAAGAUAUACAAAUGCAUGCAUGUAUUCAUUGGGACAUAACUACUAAAUAGUGAUUUAUUUAAAAUAAAAUUCAUUAUUUUAAGUGUAAGAUGGCCCUUUAAACUUUAAAUCCACUUUGAAUUCUCACUUUAGUAAAUAACUAUGAUGAUCUGAGAUGUGUCAAAAUAAACCAGCAUUUCUUUAUAAAAUUAGAAAAAUAAGGAAGACCUCCCGUUUUUUAAGUCUGGAGAAUGAACAAGCCAGGCUCUGCUUCUAUUAGAGAAACAUUGCAUACUAAAGACUUGUAAAAUGAUCACUCUAAAAGAUGUAAGACAGGGCUGACUGACAGAAAGAAUCUUAGGUUUUACAUUGAUACUUUGUUUCUCACUGGACUGGAAUAAUUCUACUAUAAUAUCAUGCCAUCCAUAUUGUGAGUCCGGCAGGACACUCCUGUUUUUGGACCAGUUUUCCAGAAUGCUAUCUUUUUUUACAAAACUUGGAAGACUAUUCUUUAGUUUAUUGUAUUUGAAAUAGAUAUAUAUUAACCCUUUUUUUUCCUUCCACAGCGGUCAUCCUCCUCCUCUUCUAGUAGCGACUAAACUAGCUUCGUUGCCAUUUGAAAAUGCUCUGAAUAAAUCUCGCCUGCAGAGCUGUAGCAUGUUCCCCUGUGUCACUCUUUAGAGGAGCAACUUUUCAAAACUGGCACUGAAGGUUGGUGUCUGUCCUUCUGACCACAAGCUGUGACGGGUCCUGCAAAGCAUUACAACAAAGUCAACUGCAAAUACAAUGCUGCAUAACAAUGCUACUGUGUGAUAUAAUUGUAAAGUUAACAGCAUUCUUGUUUAAUUUCAUAACCUCCUUUCAAAAAUAAACAUUUUAAUUUACUAUUUAGGAAUUUGCUUAAAUACUUUUUGCAGUGAAACCAUGGCUCCUUUUUUGAGAAGCAGAAAGGUUGUCCUGAAAGUUUUACUGCUACAGGGAAAUUGAUUCAUUAUUAUUAUUUUAUCAUUUCUAUAGCGCCAUCAGAUUCCGGAGCGCUGUACAAUGGGGAUUGAUAAAUCACAGCAAGGAUUCAAUAGAAAUCCUCAUAAUUGGUUACUCCCUGGUAGCAUGUAAAGCAUCACACAGAACUGUAUGCUUUUACCUACUGAAAUGUGACCAGUCAAGAGUCCUCCUCUGUUAACCUAAAACUUACCAAAACAUCUUACUUUCUGUAAAGAUACAGAAACACGGGUCAAGCUGUCAACUUUUUGUCAGUUUGUUCCUUUUGAGACAUUUCUCAGUGUACUGCUGGGCUGUACAGUGCAUGUAAUGCAGUGAUGGUUGGCCUUAACACUACAUGUGAUCUCGUGAUUUUGAUUUUCCUUGAUGCUCCUACAGCCUCACAAUGUUCAUUGGAACUAAUAGUUCACAAAUUAUUUGCCACACUAGUUUUAACUGUCAGUGAUAUGUUGACAUGUUGGUGGAUCUGGUAAUCUAAAAUAAUGAUAAAAAGCUAUAGUAAUCUACUGACAAAAUAACUCCAAAAUAUUGUAAGCAGAAACUUUAAAAAGUGGUCUGUUAGGCAUAGCCAUAUAAUGAUAAUUGUUAAUGAGGCUACCUUGCCACAAUACACUUUGGAGUCUGUUCACUAAAAUGUGACUUGUUAUGAGUUGAACAUUGAUUUGCCACAAAAAAUGGCAGAGCUGGGAAAUGUGUUGUGUGUGUGUGUGUGUGUGUGUGUGUGUGUAUUUUUUAUUUUUAUUUUUUUAAUCUUUCCAACUUUUUACCUGGACUGAUGUUUUGCUAGUUCAUUAUAAACUCACUCCAGCUUGUUAAGUGACACACUUAUUAAAAAAAAAAAAAAUUAAAUACAAAUUUUAUUGAAUAAUAAGACACCAAUACUUCUAGAGAAGGAGAAACCGAUCUUGUUUUCGUGAAAUGCAAAAAUUAAACAGCGGGCCAAAAGCAUAUUCUGGAAUGUGUGCAUUUAAAUUAAAUGUGAUCUCCAUUCUGCACAAUUUAGUAGCUUGGUAAAUUUAACAUUAAAAUUAUUUAUUUGAACCAAAUGUUUAUUUCCGUUGAGUUGAAUGUUUUCCCAGUGCAGGUUAUUUUUUUCAAACUAGUUUUGUGACUUAUUGCAACUCACUGUUUAGUAGACUAAUCUCUUAAAAUUAGAGGAUCCAACUAUGCUUGUGAAAUUCACCUCUACCUUGUCAAGGCAUCUAGAUACCUACAUUGUCAUAGAUCAUAGCUCAAAACAACCUUCUUGUACAAAAAGAGGAAAUAAAAUAAUGACCUGUUCAGAGGAAUGCACUAGAAUGAUCGCCUUUAUUUAUAUAGCUCCAACCUAUUGCUGU